AUGAAGCGACUCUCAGCAUAUCUCCCUCACAACCGGUUCGAUGCGGACCAAAGCCGCACCAGCCAUUCCUCGGAUCUAACCGAUCGAGAGAAACAGCAUGGCUACACCGACUCUCCCGUCCCUUUUGUGACCUGGCGGUCUCUGGCACUGGGAGCCUUUGUCUCUAUCGGUGGAAUCAUCUUUGGUUACGACACUGGCCAGAUUUCGGGGUUCCUAGAGAUGGAGAACUUUCAGCGGCGGUUUGGCCAGCUUCAGGAUGACGGAUCGUAUAAGUUUAGCAACGUGAGGUCUGGCUUGAUCGUUUCUAUGUUGUCUAUCGGUACUCUUCUGGGAGCCCUAAUGGCCGGUCCGUUGGCAGACCGCAUUGGCCGCAAAUGGUCCAUCUCGUUCUGGUGCAUUAUCCUUCAUGUUGGGCUUAUAAUUCAAAUCUCCUCGCCUCAUCCCAAAUGGUACCAGUUCAUGAUGGGUCGUUUUGUUACGGGUUUCGGUGUCGGCGCGUGCUCACUCUUGGUGCCAUUGUACCAGGGUGAGACGUCCCCAAGGCAGAUCCGUGGUGCCAUGGUCUGGUGA